AUGAAACGCCUGAUUUUCUUUUUUCUGACCUUGAUCGCCUCUCGCCUGCUGAGAUUCACAACUCCACGCAGAUUAUCUUUAGUCGAGCCGCGCCUUCCCCUCGUGUUUGCCCAUAGCAAUCAAUCCGCCCGACGCGACUACCCGCACCUUAUCACCCGCUCACUCACCCUCUCAAUCUCGUCACCGUUGACAUCACCGCUACCCACGCAGUCCUCGAUCGCGUCAUCCCCAGCGCCCGGCACCAUGUGCACCUUCUUCUCACUCACCUACCAAUGCGGACACACGCAGACCUCGCACCGCUGCCCGCGCUCCACCGUCUACGUCCACGGCAAGGACGGCGAACAAGUCCCCCAGAUCAACGGCUGCGAGGUUACUCACGUCCUAGGCGGCGGUCUCCCCGAUAUAUGUAUCGACUGUAAGAUGGCGGAGGGCCACAUGCCGGGUGUGACGACGGGGGUGGACAAGUGGUCGCUGUGGGGUCCGAAGGAAGAUGCUAUGGCUGCGCGGGUGAAGAUGAUGGAGGCGGGCGUCUCGGAGAUAUCGAAUUCGCCGAUAGAAGGGAGUAUGGUGGAAGGUACGGUCCAGCACGUGAAGAGUGGAUUUUCGGCUAACGGUAGAGUAGCGGAAGGUUGGGAGGAGCAGGUGCGCGCGGUUUUGAUGAAUCAGGGGCGCGGACAAAUGGGGACGCCGGAAACGAUGGCGAGCAGUGCGAGGAGCGGGUCGAUGCAAACGGAGUGGAGGCAGGGAAAGAGGAGGGUUAAGGAGCAGGACGAGGAAGAUGAUGACUGGAUGUGGGGUGGUAUGAAGAGCUUUGGAGGCAAGGAGGGAAGGAAGCGAGGGAAGGCUGCGACGUUGCGGAAUACUCGUGCAUGA